AUGCGGCCCUCCGGUGACAAAGAGAUCGAGGUUGUCCACCCGGACGAUUUGUUCAGUCAGUAUCUCGAGUCGGACCUACAGCUUAACCACACCAUGGCAGAGACCUCUGGACCCGAUGACCUGGCACACCUUUUUAAUUUUCCAUCAUCAUUGAAUGGUAGUGAACAUUGGGAUUCUAUGCCCAAUUGGGAGGCGACAUCGGAUGAUGCUUGGCACAAGGCUCUCCAAGUCCUCGAACAAAACCCAGCCUCGCCCGUGGUUCCAGUCGCUUCUUCUUCUCCUUCCAUAUAUCUUGAAUCGAGAGAAAAAAUCAUUCGGAGUACUCCGGACUUGUUGAGUUUCGACGACUUGUUUGAAUCGGAACCUAUCGAGCGAAGACAACCGGCAUCAACCCCAUCAACACCCAAGGCCACCACAUCUCCACGGUCAGCAAAGAAGGUGACUUCCAACCCAGAAAAGCCGCAGAAAAGCGGUAUUCAUAAGGCUACGAAGAAGUUGUCCACAAUUUCCAAGAUGAUGCGAGCAUCGCCAUUCCGUACAAACCUCCAGGAUCUCUGGACGCGAAAGCUUGAUGCGCCAGCAGAUACAUUCAAUCUACAGCUCCCUAAUACACCUCCACAAUCCGUGAAGCUGUUUGAGCAUCAAGGAACGACGAAUGAGUUCUAUGCUCCUCAGCAGCAGCCGGCUUAUACUACCCCGCUAUCUCCAUUCCCAGACUCGACACCCGAGGUUUCUCAGGCAAAUUAUCAACUUACUCCACUUUCAUCUCCGGCCAUUGAUACUACCUCUCGCUGCUCAAAUGGCGAGUCGUAUCAAUUUUCAAACGACAGCGUGAACAGCGCAUUCUGCUCUCAGAACAUGUCCAACGCGGCCCUCUCAGCCUUGCAGACCCCACCAUCUUCUCAUCGGCUGCAAAUGUCCGCGUGGGGCCCAGAUACUCCAGCCAGUCUGGACUUUGCAUUCUCAGCCUCGCCAGAUUAUCGAGCCAUCCCGGGCAAGAACCAAGCAUGGUGGCCAAAUGCCCCCGUUUCCACUUCUCAGCCUUCCUCUUCAUCAUAUCAGACUACUCAAUCGCACUCGGCACCUCAAUCACGAACACAAAGCCAAAGUCUAGGGUACAAUUCAACACCAGUGAACGGACUUGGAAUUUCAUGUGAUACUUCGUCCUUCUCUGGAUUCAACUCGGAUUUAGGAACUGUUUCGACCAGUAACGAGAGCUCGAAUGAUUUCUCUACUUCAACUUCAGCCUCGUCAUUUGACUUGGGCUACACUGUGAUGUAUCCCACCACGCCAGGCGUUCCAAUUGGUCAGCCUCUAAACUCAUCGACCCCAUCCCGGUCUCCAUCCAUGUCACCACAACCACGAUUCCAUCGCAGACGCCAUUCUUCGAAUACCCAUACAACUCGCGCCCAUCGUCGCAAAUCUUCAGGAUCAUCCCAGCACUCACAUUCAAAUGGAAAGACUCAAUCAGUGGGAUUUGUUAAUUUUACUCCAGACGACAGCAGAAAGAUUCUCACCGGCGUUGCGCCUAGUGGGAGUUCCAAGACAAAAGCAAGGAGAGAAAAGGAAGCAGCUGAGAAGAGAAGGAAGUUAAGCCAAGCAGCCGUCAAAGCUGUCAUAGAGGCCGGAGGUGACUUGGCGCGACUAGAAGAAGGAGGACUACUCAAUCUAGGCCACGAGUAA